AUGAUGACGCAAACCCUGCAAGGGAUCCAGCAGCAGUAUGCACCAAGUGGCUUUACUGUCCAGAAACCUCGCACACAGACUGCAGCGCAAGUUCUCCAGCUGGAUAAUAUGGAUUCAGAUACUUCUCCAGUCCGUCUCGUGAUCAAACAUAGAAUUGCAAACUACCUGCAAAGAAGAGAGGAGUUCUACAACUUGGACACACGCUAUCUUGUGGCAGUUUCAAAAAGUAUUGACGAGCAGCUUUAUAAGGAUGCUGAAUCAAAGAUCCAAUACAUGGAUUUUGAAACUUUAGAAGUUAGGGUAAAUGCUCUUCUCAGUUGUGGAUCAUUUGGCAACAGUAUAUAUGCUUGGGCUUCUUCAGCAGCUUUACCGACAUCAUACCCAGGACAGCUUGGGGUAGAAGCAACAGAUUCAAGUAUACAUCAUGUGUUUUAUCCUCAGGGAUUUGCACCAACUAAUCAUCAUGAAGUUGCACCAACUAAUCAUCAUGAAGUUGCCACCGACUUUGCUCAUUCUUCAGCUGAUAACAUUAAACGGAGUCCUGAAAGCUUAGCAAACACCACUGCUGCACCAUGUAUGUCAUCACUACCAAAAUAUAGUUCCUGUCCUGCUGGAGAUUUCAGUGGUGGAGCGCCUACUGGCCAUACAGAAGACCAUUUCCCAGGUGAUGCUCAUCAAGUUGGUAGUCCACAACCAUCGACAUCUGGUAGUUCCAGUUCUGUGUCUGGGAUGUGUGACCGAACCACUAAUUUUACAAAUAACAACAGAUAUUCCACUGGCCAAGUAUCAUCGUCUCUACAGUACAGAGAAUGCAAGGAAAUGUUAUAUACUUGGAGUCACCCAAUAGAGCAAUCAGAUCAGUCAAAUAUUACAGCUGGAGGCCAUGACUUGUACUCUGGUAAUUGUGUCACUGUAAGAGAGGUAGUGGGGAGAGCUGAACAGACAUCAAAUAGCACUGUAUCAAAGCCAAAUUCACCUGCUUCAGAUGAAUCUUCUGGCAAGCAUCAUCCGGCAAAACGAUUAAAGGUUAAUUACCCCAUUCCUGUCCAUGCCGAUGAAAUAGAGUUUCCAAAGGAACAACAGCCUGCUGCCAAUGGGCCUCAUGCAUCUUCUGAAACAGUAAAGUCUGAAACCACAGUAUUAUCUAUGAAGUCGCCAUCUGGCUGUUCCUUGCAGGACAGCAAUGCUAGCAAUACCAUGGAGAAUUUUAGGUUGCAAGAGACUGCUGUGCAAGCUGAAGAAGGGUUGUGUUAUGAAAAUGGUGACAUCGAGAUGAAGGACUCUAAGCUUAGCCCAGUGGAUCAAACAUCACUAGUAGCCAGCCUAACUACAAGGAAGAAAAGAGGGGGCUCAAUACUUUAUCCUUUAACUGCUGAGGAGCUUAGAGAUCACAUGAGAAGUCUGGGCCAGCAUAUUUUUCCGAACAAGGCGAUUACAGAAGAGGACCAGUCAGGCUUGCCUGACCAAAAUACAUGCAACUUAUGUGGGAUGGAGCGGCUUCUUUUUGAACCUCCUCCACGAUUCUGUGCUCUGUGUUUUAAAGUAAUAAAUUCGACGGGAUCCUAUUAUGUUCCUGUGGAAAAUGGAAGUGAUAAGACUUCAAUAUGUGCCAAAUGUCACCACCAUGUUAGUAAUGCAAAAGCUAAAUAUGAAAGGAGAUCCAAUUAUGCAGAAACAGAUGCCGAGUCUGAAUGGUGGGUUGCGUGUGAUAAGUGCAAAGCGUGGCAGCAUCAAAUAUGUGCCCUUUUUAACCCUAAGGUUAUGGAGGAGGGGGUGGAGUAUACAUGUGCGAAAUGUUUAUUGAAGGAGAAGGAUAGCGGAGAUAAAAAUUUGCUGGAGUCAUCUGCUGUUCUAGGAGCAUUAGAGUUACCAAGAACUAAACUGAGCGAUCAUAUCGAGCAGAGACUUUCAGUGCGGCUUGAGCAUGAGCGGCUGCAGAGGGCAAGGGCUUCAGGAAAAAGUGUUGAAGAGGUACCUGAAGUUGAAGGUCUUACUGUUAGAGUGGUUUCUUCUGCUGCAAGAGUACUUCAAGUCCUACCACGUUUUCGGGAUUUUUUUAAACAAGGAAACUACCCUGGUGAAUUUCCGUACAAAUCGAAGGCCAUUCUCUUGUUUCAAAAGAAUGAAGGCGUGGAUGUUUGUCUGUUUGCCAUGUAUGUACAAGAGUAUGGUUCUGCUAGCCCCUCACCAAAUCAAAGGCACAUUUAUCUUGCAUAUAUCGAUUCGGUCAAGUACUUCAGGCCUGAAAUCAAAUCUGCAAGUGGCGAAGCUCUCCGUACCUUUGUGUACCAUGAAAUUUUGAUUGGCUAUUUGGAUUACUGCAAGAAACAAGGGUUUGUAAGCUGCUCCAUAUGGGCUUGUCCAUCUACAAAGCGUGAUGAUUAUGUUUUGUAUUGUCAUCCCACGGCACAAAAAAUGCCGAGGUCUGACAAACUUCGGAGCUGGUACCAGAACUUGAUCAAGAAGGCUGUUAGGGAGGGUGUAGUUGUGGAGCGUAACACGCUGUACGAUUUUUUUCUUCAGCCUACCAGUGAAUGCAAGGCCGUUAUUUCUGCAGCAUGCUUGCCAUAUUGUGAGAAUGAUUUCUGGCCUGGGGAAGCAGAGAAACUCCUCGAGAAGAAAGACGACGACACCUCGCAGAAGAACGACAUACAAGCAGGAAGGGCCCUACGGGUUGCCAAACGUGAUGACAGGAAAGGGAACCCUGAGGAUAUCUUGUUAGUGCACAAACUUGGAGAAAAGAUGAGAACAAUGAAAGAAGACUUUAUUAUGCUUUGUCUGCAGCAGUUUUGCAAGCAUUGCCACCAACCUAUUUUAUCUGGUAAAAGUUGGAUGUGUACUUGCUGCAAAAACUUCCAUCUUUGUGACCAAUGCCAUGCAGAGGAGCUAAGUGCCCCACAAAAGAACAGGCAUCCAGCUGCAACAAAACAAAAGCAUGCCUUUCAAAGAAUAGAGGAAGAACCUCUCCCAGAGACUGAUGAUGGAGAUCCAACAAUGGAAAGCAAGUAUUUUGACAGCAGAACAGAUUUCUUGAAGCAUUGUCAAGACAAUCAAUACCAGUUUGAUACACUCCGACGGGCAAAACACUCAACAAUGAUGAUUCUUUAUAAUCUACAUGAUUCAGCUUGCUCUGCUUGUCACCGGGCAAUGGAUCAACGCUUUGCGUGGCGGUGCCUGGUUUGCGCAGGCUGCAAGUUUUGUGAUUCAUGCUAUAAACAAGACGGCGAAAAUUUGCACAUACAUAAACUCAAACAGGCGGACAAUCAGCAACUACUGCCAAACUACACUCUGCAGGACUACCUUGAGAGCUUGGUGCAUGCAUCAAAAUGCUUCCACGAUCCGCAUAAUUGCAGUUUCAAACUGUGUGUUACAAUGAAGAAGUUGUUCUACCAUGGUGUACGAUGUGCUAUCCGGAACCAAGGAGGUUGCAGGAAUUGUGUCUUCAUGUGGAGACUUCUGCUCACUCACUCAAAACAGUGUGAUCACGGGGACUGCUCAGUUCCCAGAUGCAGGGAUCUAAAAGAAUUCAUGGGCAAGGCCAAAAUGCUUACUACUGGAGCCUGUGCCAUGGAAUGCUAG